AUGAGAGGGAAAUACUUUCUCCUCGGCUUCUUGUUGCUCAAACUUAUGGCUCUGGUUUGCAAGGCUGACGGGGAGCCGGGACUGCUCGGAGGAUUCGUCAUGAUCGCCACUUCCAACGGAUCCAGGGAGGAGGAGAGCGUGUCCGAGGAGACCCCGCACACGGAGGACAGUUGCCGGGGUUACUACGACGUGAUGGGCCAGUGGGACCCACCGUUCGUCUGCAAAACGGGCAACUACCUGUACUGCUGCGGCACCUGUGGCUUCCGCUUCUGCUGCUCCUACAAACACUCGCGGCUGGACCAGAGCACCUGUAAGAAUUACGACACUCCGGUGUGGAUGAAGACCGGACAGACUCCCUACAAAAAAAUCAACAAGCUGCACGACAGCACCAAAGACAAGACGAACUUAAUCGUUUACAUCAUAUGUGGAGUAGUGGCCAUCAUGGCUCUUGUGGGGAUUUUCACCAAACUGGGGCUGGAAAAGGCGCACCGGCCUCAGCGAGAGAACAUGUCCAGGGCCGUGGCCAGUGUGCUGCAGGGCGGGGGUCCAGGUGAGCAGUAUCGCGGGGAGGAGGCCCUUGGGAUGCAUUCGCAGCACUUUGUUUCCAGGGCCACAACCCUCCAGGGUGGUCAGAUCAACAACAACGUGGGAGUGGGCUCGAACGUGGGCCAGCAGCACCCUUACCCCGCCCUCAGCCAGUUGGCUCACGUCUACGAGCAGCAGCAGCAGCAGCAGCAGCAACAGCAGCAGCAGCAGCAGCAUCAGCAACAGCAGCAGCAGCAAAACAAGGACUUCAACAAGUACGCCUCCCUGAAGGCUGUGGCUGCAAAGUACAACGGAGAAGUCUACAACAAGCGCCGGCUGAUGGUGGAGCUGCCGUCUAAAGGUGGGCUUCCUCUCCAGCCAAUGGGAAACUCUAGACCCUCCAUGAGUAACUCCAGACCAUCACUGGGCAACAUGUCGUCGAUGACUCCUCCGAUGACCAACAACCCCAUGACUUCUAAUCAAAUGGCCUCCAACUCCAUGAACCCCAACAUGAACCAGAUGGCUACCAUGACCCAGAUGGCCUCCAUGACCCAGAUGGCCUCCAUGACCCAGAUGGCCUCCAUGAACCAGAUGACAUCAAUGAUGCCCAUGACUUCAAUGACGCCUAUGACUUCCCUCAGUCAGAUGACCUCCAUGGCCCCUAUAACCUCCAUGACUCCUAUGACCUCCAUGACCCCUAUGACCUCCCUGGGUCCACUAACUCCCGAGCCAGUGGCAACCUAUGUCACCGAGAUGCCCAGCAUCUCUUCCCACUCGACCCUCCCGACAGAGCGGCACAUAGCCGGUCUCGGAGGAGGGGGACUCAAGGCGAAUGGCCAGAAACACAAAGGCAGCCAUGGUCACUUGGGUCACAGCUCCCACAGCUCCCACCCUCAGUCCCACAGUUAUGGCCACAGCCACAGUAGCAAGCCGCCAGGACAUGGGGCUACCUCCAUGGCACACAUGGCGGGGACCAUGCCAGGUGGAAUGUCCAUGGGCAUCUCCAGGGGCAACGAGACCGCCAUUAGCCGCGGUUCGGCUACAAUGGGCCGACCAAUGGCGUACAGCUCCAACACAAUCGCCUCUGGGCAUACGUUGGGGAUGGGGAUGAAGGCCUGGGAUGGGACUGAGACUGUGGGCCGGAGGAAGACCUACGGCCACAAGAGGCCUCAGUGUACCGUGCUAGAGCCCAACCAGCUCCGAAGCACCAGAGGCCAGAGUCACAGUCAACACUUCCUCCCCACACAGCCAUACUAUGUGACCAACAGCAAGACAGAAGUGACUGUGUGAGCGAGGAAGCAAGGAAGAAACAAACAGGGGGAAAGGAUGCAUGUGGAGUGGUGGCACAAGUAAUCACUGAGUGCAGACACCGACCCCUGCGUUGGUCAAAGGCGCAGAUCUAUGUGUGUUUGUGUGGCUCGUUGGUAUACCAGUGAAUGUGGUGGGACAGUGGCAGUGUGUCUUGAGUUCACCAAUCAAAUCACUACACAGACCUUUGUUGCCGAACGGACGGCCUGCUAUUUGGAGGCAUCUGUAACCAUAACUUCAAAGAGCCUACAGAGCGGGGGGGUGUGUACACUUGUGGAGAUAUUAAGAGUGUUGUCUCACAGCUAAUAUCUACUCUACUACACACGGAUGAUAAAGCGGGAAACUGCUGAUAAUAAAAUGGAUUGGCUUUAACGAACCAAACCUGAGAAGCAAUAUUAGGGGGUAAGGCACUGAAGCGGGAGGGAGGAAACACAGCAAGUUUACCCACAAACCUCACACCAUGGGUUCUGCUCAUCAACAAAGCUACGGACAGUUUGGAAGAAAUAACACUCCCUCAUGAUUCACCACACAAAUCUCCUGAGGGCUUUCAGACAGACGUGACAAGGGCCCCGGGCUUUGGACUGCAGACGUGCAGGGCUUUGUACUGUUGCUAUUCAGAAGCGCCUUCCUGAUAUCCGCAGCUUGAAGGUCGCUCUUUUUUUCCACAAGGCUCCAGCUCAGAGAAUGGCUGUCACAUCGGCAUUGUUCUGUUCUGAUCUCGUCUGUGUGGUGACAGCUGGUCCAGAGGAGGCAUGGGAGGCGGCACCGGGAUGAUGCUGCGGCUCGCAGAGGCUCCAUCGAGUAAACACACAUUCAUGCUCACGCAGAAACAUAUUACACAUGAACAUACUGAAUCAACUAUCGAAGAACAGGGUUUUAUCAGAACGGUUUCUUCAACAACUAAUAUUUGCAUUAUUCAGUUAAAGCAGGCUGAUAUUUUGAUUAAUUUGUGCAUGUUUUAUCUUUAAAUCUAACAGUUUGAUUUCAAAAACACGCUCAGUGCUUCCCCAAAUUAAACUCCUGCUAGUGACUAUUAACCAAUAAAACUCAAGAGCAAUUUAACCUUUGUAAAUGGCAGCUAAAUCAGAAUUAACUACCUUUUCCAUUCAAUGAUAGCUAACAGUUUUGGAUCCAUAAAUUGCUUUCGAUUAUAAAACUAUUGACAGUAAGCGCAGUAAACUAAAGGGAGAUUGUUUUUGAGCUACAGCUGCACAAGGGGCAUGUCAUGUUGAAAAUCAAUACCAGUUUUAAGUCUGUGUGUUAAGUAGCAAUAAAUAAAUAACUGUGUUAAAUAAAGUGUCAUUAAGUCAAGGUUUGGGAAUGGUCCUCAUCAUACAGAAAAGUGGACAAAAUUACUUAACAAAUGAGAAAAUAAAUGUUAU